UGGGAGAUGAAACAGCGUGAUUGGUGAUACAAGCAAACGGGCUCAGAGACGAAGGAUGGAUUGACAAACACGCAGUUUGUUGCUUGAAUGUUAUGUAUAUAUCUAUUCCUCCUUCUAUUCUCAGUGCGACCUCUUCGCCUCACCAUCUCUCUAUAAUCCCCAUCAUCCUCAUCAUCCUCAUACCGAAUCCCAAGCCAAAAAAAAAAAUCAAGACUCAAUACCUUGCUUCUUCAAUCUUCUACGACAAGCACCAAGCAAAGCCCUCCAAAAUGUGCUUCAGACUCAUCUCAACAUUCACCCGCUGCGGUCACCAAGAUACCCUCGCCCACCUGAAACUCUGCUCUUCCAGUCUCAGCACUUGGCCUUCUAUCCCUUGUCCCCUGGACCGUUCUCAACUAGACACGCCUCUUUACGACAUCAAUGCUUUUUGCCCUUCUUGCACCAUCACCCGCACUUUCGUCGCUGCUACGGGCUUUUUGGCUGAAGUUUCUGGUGAUAACGGUGUUGUGACGCGCAGAGCUGGAGCAGUGGUUGAGGACAUUGGAGCAAAGAGGGAGACUACGGAUAGGGCUUUGGAGUGGAAGGAACUCGGUGUCAUGGUGGGAGGCGGUGGAUGGGAUGGAGUUGGCACUGAUGCAGCUACUGGUGGGGAGUGGGGCGCCAUUGCACCAGUUGCCGACAAUCUUAGCAAGGGAAAAGUGAGCCCUACCAAUUCUGGCGUUGAAGAGCGAAUGGGUGAUAAAGAGGAGUCCUGGGCUGAUGCUAGCGAGAGGCAGGCUCAGGAGUUGGGUGGCCAGGAGACUGCUAUGCAGUGGUGAAGCAAGGCGAUCGAGGGUGAGAGUAUUUGGUCUUGAGUUGACACCUUAUCCUGGCAAGUGUAGCAACACUUUCCUGAGAGUAUCAGCUAAAGACUUCUGUCUCUGGUAUACGGCCUACUAGCGAGGCGAAUAUUCCUGGGCAGAAGACAGGAGAUGCUCUUCGAUUGCUGCAGACUCAAGUUGAGAUAGUAUUCAA